CACUUCUGACAGUUGUGUGUUAUUAGUUAUUACCGAAUCAACACAUAAUUUCGUCAAUUAAUAAAUAAAUCAUGCUUUUUUUAGCUUGAAUUUAACUCAUAAAGUAAGAAUACAUACAUAAAAUGUGGCAGUUAUUACAAACUCAGUCCAGUCACUUAAUGCGACAGAGGUUGUUACCAGUAAAGAACAGUUGUUACUUUACCAACUUGGUAAAGGAAAAGCCGUCAAACAUCGCCAGACGUUAUUUUUCUGAAGCCAAAAAUGCUUCAGAAAAAAGUUCAAAGUCCGGCUUCGUUCUGAUUUGUAGUCCCUGGAAGUUGUGUACGGGCGUUAGUUUAGGCUUAGGAGCGAAGAUAUUGCUAGGUAGUGGAACUGUUUUAUGUAAGGCGCAACAGAAUUCUAGGAUAAUACAGCGGAGACCUAAUAUUAAUGAAGAUAGUGCAAAGUUUGAUUGGAGAAGAUUGUUUGAGUAUCUAAGGCCACAUAAAUGGUUGUUAGUGGGCGCUAUAGCUUCAGCAUUAGCGGUAGCCUUCCUAAAUGUGUACAUCCCUGCGAUGUUGGGGGUCAUAGUCAAUGUUCUGGCCAACAUGAAGAAUAAUCCGACAGCAGACUUUUUAGAGGAGAUCAAAUUCCCUGCCUUGAAGCUUAUAUCACUUUACAUUGGACAGGCUGCAUUUACAUUCAUGUACAUCCAUUUACUAGCCCAAGUUGGCGAGCGAGUGGCUUCCCAGAUGAAACAGGACCUGUUUGUCUCCAUCCUCAAUCAGGACAUGGCUUUCUUUGACCAGGAGAGGACUGGAGAGCUUGUUAAUAGGUUAACAGUAGAUGUACAAGACUUCAAGAGCUCAUUUAAGCAGACUAUUUCAGGAGGAUUACGAGCUUUAACUCAGGUGGUAGGUUCAGCGGUCAGUCUACUCGUGAUAUCUCCUCAUCUGACCGGAUUGACCAUGGUAUGCGUGCCUUCAGUGGUCAUCGGAGGCACCUUCAUUGGCUCCCUGCUAAGGAAACUUUCAAGAGAAGCACAGCAACAGAUAGAGAAAGCAACACUAGUAGCAGAAGAAGCUAUAUCCAACAUGCGAACAGUCCGAGCAUUCGCAGGCGAAGAGAACGAGGCGCAAAUGUUCGCGCGCGAAUGCGACGCGGCGGCCGAGCUUAGCACGGAACUUGGUCUGGGUGUUGGCUUGUUCCAAGCUGGUACCAACUUGUUCCUCAACGGAAUGGUCCUAGCCACGAUGUUCCUGGGUGGUCACCUAAUGGCCAACGGUCAAAUGUCAGCCGGUGACGUCAUGGCAUUUCUAGUCAACGCACAAACUGUCCAGCGAUCAGUGGCUCAACUGUCUUUGCUCUUCGGUUCCGUUGUGAAGGGAUUAAGCGCCGGUGGCCGCGUAUUUGAGUACAUUAACAAGGAGCCAAAAAUGGACACAUCAGGCACAAAAGUGAUCAAAUACCACCAGUUCCACGGCGACAUCGAGUUUAAGGACGUCACAUUCGCUUACCCUACUCGGCCUGAGGCGAUAGUAUUGAAGAAUUUCAACUUGAAGAUACCGGCGGGAAAGACUAUAGCCAUCGUCGGUACAUCGGGCAACGGGAAAUCUACCAUAGCAGCCUUGCUGGAAAGAUUCUACGACGUAAACGAAGGUCAAGUCACCAUAGACGGCAUAGACGUCAGGGAAAUGGACGCCAAGUGGUUACGCGGUCGAGCUCUCGGACUAAUAAGCCAAGAGCCAGUGCUGUUUGCUACCAGUGUGAAGGAGAACAUCAGAUACGGACGUCCGGAGGCUACUGAUGAUGAGGUGUACCGAGCGGCCAUGACGGCGAACGCUCACGAUUUUAUACUCGGAUUCCCAGCCGGUUACGAUACGAUGGUGGGAGAGAGAGGGAUGGCGCUCAGCGGCGGGCAAAAGCAAAGGAUAGCGAUAGCGCGCGCUGUGCUCAAGAACCCGCCUGUUAUAAUACUGGAUGAAGCCACUAGCGCUCUAGACUCUGCCAGUGAGAAAGUAGUUCAGACAGCAUUGGAAACGGCCGCCAAAGGACGUACAGUUCUCGUGAUAGCACAUAGGCUUUCAACAGUCAUGAACGCCGAUGUGAUAGUGGUGCUCAAUCGUGGAAAAAUUGUAGAGAUGGGAACCCACGAUCAGCUGAAGAAGCAGAAAGGUUUCUAUUGGAACCUGAUCAAGCAACAGGACCAAGAUGCCGAAAGCAGGUCUUUAUGAGAACAAGGAUAAUAGACUAGUCGUUCGCCAAAAGAUAAUCAAUAUCGAUUCAUAACCACAAAAUUAAAAUUUUGAAAAAUCUUCCGACAUAGUGGACCGAUUUUCAUGAAACAUGGCUAAGAACACUCCCAACUAACUCAGCAUUCGAACAA